AUGCUUCAAGCGCUCUUGGUACAGAUUCAACCCAAGCAUGGCAACGUUGCGGCAAGGACCUUCCCUGUCACUGGUUACUUUGGCCUCACCCCAGUCAACAUCGCUGGCACUGUGCAUGUAAAGAUCCAAGAAGGAGGUGUAAAAAUCCCAAUCCGCUCGGUUCAAGUCGCCGUACGAUGUUACGAGUCGAGAGAAAGCAUGCGGUCUGCGCGCCGUGACCACACCGUGUGGGAAACAGCACAGUACAUCUGGCUUCCUCCAGCUGGCACACAAGACGAGGUCCUCGACGGCUGGGAGCAACCGUUCAAGUUUACGAUCCCUCCAGAGGUCGCCGCACUCGCCCGCGGUUCCCAGAAUCUUCGCGAAUGGCGAGUGCGAUGGCGCCUUGAGGUCAUGGUUGAGCAUGUCCCAAUACCUGUCGUUGGACAUCGCGUAGCCUACGCUUAUGAUCUCAACCUGUACGACCAUCGCAACCCAUCGCCAUCUCUUCCCUCUCCACCUGCUGCCAUGAUCCUUGGAUCUGGUGCCACUGCCACCCACGUCCACAUGAAUCCUCCUCCAACGGCGUUUGGUCCAUCGGAAUCUCUGGCCGUCUCAUUCUCGGUCCGUCCCGACGACCCUUCUGCGUCGAUCAAGAAGCUGCAACUCGUCCUCGAUCGUCGCGUAGAGCUGUUGGACGGGAAACAGCAUAUGAGCGGAUCAACCGACGAUCUCCCGACCCAGCGCCGUUCCCGAGUUCAGAACCUGUUCCGGGGAAGCUCUCCACAGUCCAGCCGUGGAGACAAAGUUGAGCGAGUCAUCGUGACGCGCAUCGCAGAGGCACAAUGCGAAGUGCCGUCGCCAGGGGAGAACGGAGCGAUGUGGUCUAUGGGUUCGUUGCAACUUCCAAGGCGCGGGCACAACUGGGCAAUCGGCGAGACUACCCAGACCCAGUUUGUGAACAUGUCGUUUGAGGCUCGACUCAAGGUUACCGUUAAGAACAAGCGAGGGGGUUCGCAAAAGGAGCUUGUUUCACAGCCGAUCCCCGUGAUAAUUGUCGGCUCGACUGCUGAAGAACGUUUGGAAGCUCACAGGGCAUGGGAGCGGCUCGACACGCGUACAUCGCGGCGCCGGACUCCGGGAUGCGACGACGGACAUAUCGCCCACAUUCGCGAUGGAGCAGUCUUGGGCUCGGCGCCCUACGUCGUCAAUCCCAGGAGACACCGUCGAGACAUUUCGCCGUCUUGUAGCAAUGGAACUGGUUCGACUGCGCCACUCCUCCCCUCUCCUCCACCUUCUCGAGAACGUUUGACUGUAAGGACGGUCCUGUGCUCGACCCCGGACUUGAGCAACGGGGAGAGCGAGGGUGCCCAGUCAACCGACCUCGUCUCGCCGUACGAUAGCGAGCAUCAGCUACCAAAGCACGGCUGCAGCAGACGCAUUUCCUCUACGAGUGAGGACGAGCUGCCGCGCCCGCGCUCCCGUCUGAAGCGCGAGCAUUCGAGCGAGCCCUCACCGCCGAUGCCUAGGCGGCGGUUACAGUUGCCAUCUCUUGACGCCCUUGGUCUGGGCCUGCCCAAGGUCAAGGAGGAGCGACCGCUGCGUAAUAGACCAGCCACAGCCCCUGCUUUCGGAGUGUACUCUGCCAAGCCGCCACCUUUCGGUUCCUCGCGUCCGCAGACCUCUGCAGGAUUUGCGUUCAUAAUGCCUGCGCCCCGACGUUAA